AGGACGGGCCCAAGAUGGCGGCGCCCAGAGGUGCCGGGAGGAGCCGUUCAUGUCGGGGAACGGAGCGGUGUGGGGGCGCGUGCGAAGCCGCCUCCGCGCCUUCCCCGAGCGCCUAGCAGCCUGUGGGGCCGAGGCCGCGGCCUACGGCAGGUGCGUGCAGGCGUCCACGGCCCCCGGCGGCCGCCUGACGAAGGAUCUGUGUGCGCGGGAGUUCGAGGCCCUGCGGAGCUGCUUUGCCGCCGCGGUAGGCCAAGAGCCCGAGGGGAGGCCUUUAGGAUGGACGAGCCAGCACGGCACUUCCCUGCUGCCCCAGGGAGCAGAGCCCGGCGGCGCCGACGGCCCCAAAGGGCAAAUGGCGGAAACACCUGAAGCAUUCAGAGCGGAGAGGACUGGGGCGGGGGGCGAGUUGGUGUUCCUGCGCCGCGUGCGUGAGGGUUCGGGUUAGCGUGAGACCCAGGGAAGCCACAAUAAAGAGCAGGGCGGACCGCA